CGGGUCCAAAACCCUUUCACUCCUCUCGUCUCUUUCGCUAAACUAGAGUGCAGCUCUGAUGAGCCUGGUGCCAUUUCUGCUGAGCCAAUACGAAUACUACUAAUAGGCAGGGAUUGAGAAACAAGGAAUUCAUAUAUUGUGCUGAAGAGCUUGGUGGGUUUUUAGAAGAUGAUACGAAUCUUAAAGAUUAAGCCCCUAGUAUCUACGCUUGAUUCGUCUUCAGGCCACCACUUUCUUCAGAGAUGCUCUGUGAGUGGGACUUCAAAGGGUAAGGCGAAAUUGAAAACUGCGACGCCGCUGAAGCGCUCAAAGAUAACUACGAAAAAAGGUGCUGCAGAUGGUGCUCCUAAAGGUGCAGGAGGGAAAAGAUAUGCCGAAAGAGAAAAGUUUUAUGAGCAAUGCUUAAGUGCCCCUACACCUGUCAGGUAUUUGACGGAGAAAGAGAGAAACCGGGAAGCGGAACGAGCCAAGUUGGGACUUAUUAGCAAAGAUCGACAGCGUGAAAUUGAUAUGAAGAAAAAGAAUAAGCCAGAAUUUCAGAUCUCAGAAAAACCAACAGUUAUUGGACCUCCGGGAUUGGAUUUGAUAUCACUAGGUUUGGUUGAUGAGGAGAAGUUACCAAAAUAUGAACUGACUGCUGAAGAUGGCCGACGGCUCGCCAAGGAGUAUAGCAGGGUGUUGAUGAGGCGUCACCGGGCAAGGCAAGCAGCAGAGUCAACACUUUUGCGUUUAAAGAAGGAGGCUAUUGAGGCAUUGCCUGAACAUUUGAAAGCAGCAGCUUUGGUGCCCGACAUGACUCCAUUUCCUACAGAUCGGUUCAUGGCAACGCUGACUCCUCCAAUUGAAGGCUACAUUGAGAAAGUUAAGGAAGCUGCAAGGAGGAGCAGUGAGAAGGGGAAGCUCAGAUAGCCAGAGAUGGAGUUAUGCCUGCAUGUUAAGAGUUAUAUGGUUGUUGGAACACUAUCUCUUACUGAAGCCGAGACUGUCAAGAGUUGAAACUUCCGGAAUUAGGCACAUUUACGGCAAAGUGAUGAAACGGGUUUGCUGAAAAUCUGAAAUAGAUUUACAAGUCCAUUUGUGUUUUAGUUAAUAAUAUGCUGCAUGCUUUUUACAAGUCCAUGUGGGCUAAAAUUUGUAUUGUGAGCAGAUUGUUCAACUUUACCUGUUUGCAAGGUUUCAUAGUAAUUUUUGUUUCCUAAUCAAAUUUAAAAUUCUGUAUGAAUUUUGUACUACUUUGAAGGCUUUCUAACCUUACUAAUUGAGCUUGAUGUGAACGUUCAUAUUGU